GGUCAGAAGGAGGUUUGGAUUGCGUUUAGCAGACUGUGAGUUCAGUUAAAUAGAAGACGGAGCACGGAGAGGCGCAGAAGGAGAGAGCAAGCUCAUUCGGUAAAUCAACAACAAAACCAGACCAAGUAUCCCGGGCGAAUGGACUCAAUGGAGAAAUAUACAGUACAAAGAGCAGUUUGUCACUAAACCAUCUGCCCAGGACUCCAUUCUGUUCAUGCCGGUUUAAAUAGCAGCUACCCUACACGGGUCUAGCUUCACUCUCUUCUGGUUUUGCAAAUUUGUUGCUUUGGGAGAGGCAAAGGUGGGGAUAUAUGAUGAAGUUCAAGCCUAACCAGACAAGGACUUACGAUGGGGAGGGUUAUAAGAAGCGAGCGGCAUGUUUGUGUUUCAAGAACGAACGGGAGGAUGAGGUUUUGCUGGUUAGCAGUAGUCGGCACCCAGACCAGUGGAUUGUGCCAGGUGGGGGCAUGGAGCCCGAGGAGGAGCCUGGUGGUGCUGCAGUCAGGGAAGUUUAUGAAGAGGCUGGCGUAAAAGGCAAGUUAGGAAGGCUGCUGGGAGUUUUUGAACAGAACCAAGACAGGAAGCAUAGAACAUACGUAUACAUUCUCACAGUAACAGAGACCCUAGAAGACUGGGAGGAUUCUGUUAAUAUAGGGAGAAAGAGAGAAUGGUUUAAAAUAGAAGAUGCCAUUAAAGUUCUACAGUGUCACAAACCGGUCCAUGCAGAAUACUUGGAAAAACUGAAAUUGGGCUGCUCUCCCACCAACGGCAACUCUGUGGUUCCCACCCUUCCUGACGACAACUCCACUCUGUACAUGACCUCAUCACAGACUCCUGGAAAGCCUUCCACUGUGAGAUAAAAGGACAGUCACAGCCUAUCCCACACUGGAGGGGGGACACUGCACUCACAGGAGAGUAGGGACAUCUGACCCAGGAUUCUCAUGUAAAAUGUAUCCAUAAACAAAUACAUUUGCAUGAAAUCUUGCAGUGUAAACACUAGUGUUUUUUUUUUUUUUUUUUUUUUUUUUUUUUUUUUUUUUUUUAAUAUAAUUUUUGAAAUAGUAUUUCAACAAACCAAAGCCAUACCUGAAAUUGUGUUAACAAUGUUUUGUUAAGGAUGCCUUAAUUGGCCUUUUUUUAACUGAUUAUUUUUUUCUUUUUUUAAACAGUCCUAUACAGUACAUGAAAUGGUCUUUGAUUCAAAACUUGUUUUAAUUAUACUUGAAAUUAACAAAUGCUGUAUUUGUGAACUUGGAGAUUUGCAGACACUGCUGUGGUCUGCUGAAAUAAGAGACACUGGCUUUUUGGUAAGAAAACGAAACAGGUCCCUAAAAAAAAGUUUCAGAGAUGUUGCUAAAUUCAACAGAUUUAUCGUCCUAUUGACAAAUAUGUAUAUAUUGUUACAUUGUGUCUGCUAAAGAAGUUAUCCCUGUCGGACUAGCAUUGGAAACUUUAACCUUAUUUAAUGCUGGAUGAUGCAUGGAACCAGUAAUAUAUGGGUGUAUUCUAAUAAUCUAAACAGUGGCAGAUCUUGAUACCUUUACCCUAAAAUGUACAAACUUUUUCGAGGACCUCCUUUCACUGUAUUUUUUGUUUGUAGUAAUUUUAAUAAAGCAUCAGCUUGAUAAACUCUUCUGUAUUUAGAUCUGCUGCUGUUUACAUCAAUAAAAUAGACCCUAACCUCAUUCACCAAUUGGUCAAGUCUGAGCAUCCCAAAGCUACCUCAAUAUUUUAACAAAUUACAGAUGUCCAUUUAAAUGUCUGACCCAAAUAAUAAUAACAAAACAGCACAGCUGUGAGGAACCCAUAACAACACAUUAGACAGACUGUAAAAGUACCAGAACAAACAAACAAACACAAACAAAUACAAAUAUAGUUAAUAUAUUACACUGUAUUAGGUCUUGGACCUUCAGUUUCAUUGACUCCCUGAUUUCGUUUUCUCAUGUUAGAGCCACUGGAACAAAGUAUAUUACAGCCAAAUAUUUCCUAAAUUAAAUUAAACAAAUCCUGCCAAAUCGCAUUUACAAUAUUACACAAAUAAGGUUUGUAAAUAUUUCCAGAAAAUAGGACUGGAAUGGUCUUGUGUGGUUUGUAUCUUAAUACAUAAAAGGAAGUUAGUAAUUUUUAGGGUUUUUUUUCUAUGCUUUAUUUUCUAUUAAUGUAUACUUAACAUUUUACAAAAAGUGCUGCUGUAAAUAAAACAAACAAACUUGUCUUUUGAGUAAUUACUUUCACCGAAACCCUAAAUGUGCCACAUUGAGCUCCAUGGACAAUGCUUCAGAAAUAUUGUGCUAUUUACCUUCUAGAAAUUUACUUUACAGUUCUAUUUUUUGUUUUUGUUUUAAAUACUCUUUCUCAGAAGCCCAUUCUGUACAUCAGGCCAUGGCCAAUGUUAUUACAUUUGUAAAAAAAGUUAGUUUUUUUUUUUUUUUUGGUGGGGAGUGGGUUGUUGCUGCUGGAAGAUAGGAAUGGGAUACAUGUACAAGUGUUUUCUGUUAACAAACAAGGCCAAAUGUAUGUUUUUGGAUAUAUUUUAUUCUUUUUUGGGAUGUGCAGUAGUGCUCCAGCAGUACAACAUCAAGUACACUUGUGGACUUUAUUAACCACUGACUUAAACGACGUCAUAGACCACGACCACCACUAAUCUCUGAAUAAUCUCUGUGAAACCACCGAAAUAACACCUACAUUACCAAUUGAUCCAGAUUGUUGAACAAUUUAUUUUUUCUUUUAUGUAUAUCAUAAAUGUUUUAUACCGUCCUUGAAUUAAAGGACUGUGGAAUUGUGUGAUAUUACAACAGUAAACUAUCUCUGGUCUACAUCAAAUACCAAAUUGAAGUCCAUUUAAGAGUGAGUUGUUUAAUGCAUGACCUGUUUUUGUUAUAAGAGAAUAUAUAUAUAUAUAAAUUAAUUAGUGCCUCGCAAAAGUAUUCAGACCCCUGUACAAUUCU